AGAGCUUCUACGUAGCCAUGAUUGCUGUGUAGACUGGAGAGCUUGUAUGUGUGUGCGUGUGUGUGUGAGUGUGUGUGUGUGCCUGUGUGUGUGGAUGGGAAUGUGCCACCCUCCAGCGCCUGCCUGAGCCCUUAGCCAGCGCCUGUUCUCCUUGAUUGUCUCCUGGCAGGAACAAUGUGGGUUUGCACUGGGGGUCCCAGACCCCUGUCCCCGCCUGUGGAAACCGUGUGAAAGGCAGAAGGGGGCAACGCACGGAGGAGGAGGAGUGUGUCCGUAGCAGGAGGAGGGGUGGAAAAAAGGAAGCCCUCAUGGAAGUAUGAAGGAGAUGGUGGGAGGCUGCUGUGUUUGUUCUGACGAGAGAGGAUGGGCAGAGAACCCGCUGGUCUAUUGCGAUGGACACGGUUGCAACGUGGCUGUACAUCAAGCUUGCUAUGGAAUUGUCCAGGUUCCCACCGGACCCUGGUUCUGUCGAAAAUGUGAAUCUCAAGAGAGAGCCGCUAGGGUGAGAUGCGAGCUGUGUCCCCACAAAGACGGAGCCCUGAAACGGACCGACAAUGGAGGCUGGGCCCAUGUCGUCUGUGCUCUGUACAUCCCCGAGGUGCAGUUCGCCAACGUGCUGACCAUGGAGCCGAUUGUCCUGCAGUACGUACCUCACGACCGUUUCAGCAAGACUUGCUAUAUCUGCGAAGAGCAGGGCAGGGAGAGCAAAGCAGCCUCGGGGGCUUGUAUGACCUGCAAUCGACAUGGCUGCCGGCAAGCCUUCCAUGUCACCUGUGCCCAGAUGGCCGGCCUCUUGUGUGAAGAGGAGGUCCUGGAAGUCGACAAUGUCAAAUAUUGUGGCUACUGCAAGUAUCACUUCAACAAAAUGAAGACAUUGCGUCACUCUGGAGGCAGCUCCUUCAUCGCCGGGAGAAGAAGCCGGUCUGUGUCACCCGCUCAGGAGAAGCCUGUCUCCCACCAUGAGAGGCCAAAGAAGGUAAUGUUCCCCUUGAGUCGGAAGGACAAGGAAAGACCUAAACAGAAGCACAAAAAACAUCCGGAGUCUCCCACCAGCCUCGCCCCGUCCUCUGUGCCCGUCCCUGCUGAGAAGGGUUCCACCGGGCACCAUGAAGGUAGCAAAGAGACCUCGGAGGUCGGCAGGUCAGAGGUGAAAGGCAAGAAGUCCUCGAGCCAUGGCACCAGCCACAAGGGGAAAAAGACGGGAAAUGGGAAAAGCUCCACCAGCUUCACCUCAGCUCCCUCCAGCAGCACUUUCCAGCCUGCAGGCACCUCAUGCAGCUCCCUGCAGGGCUCCCAGGAUUUUGUGACAUUCCCCAAGCUCGAGCAGGAAGAAGAGAAGUACCGGAAGCCCGUCUCCUCCUCCUCCUCCUCUUCCCACUGCUCCCCGCUGUACGAAGGGCAGAAAGGGGACGUCUUCGAGCAGAAGGUCAUAUUCUCGGGCUUCGGCUCUAUCAUGCGCUUCUCCACCUCGGCGGUAAGCCAGCAGCGGGGCCGCGUUGCCUCCCCCGUGGACUACAAGGCCUCGAACCCAGUCAGCGGCCCCUCGGGGGGAGGUGGUGGCACCGGCGGCGGCAGCCACAAGCGCAUGCCCUCCCUCAGCAUCGAAGACGGGGAGGUGCUGAAGGAGAAGAAGCACAAAGGCAGCAAGAAAAGCAAACACGGGCCUGGCAGGCCGAAGGGAGGCAAGAACAAGGAGAUGCUGGGCACCCAGCUGGCUGGGUCCACGUCCACCUCCUCCUCACCCUUCUCCGCGGGCUCCCUCGUCAGCUCCAGCAUCGGCAACUCAUCCCGGUCCUUCAGCCACACCGGGACUUUGCCCAGCCUCAGCCUGGAGUCCCCCCUGCUGGGCUCAGGGAUCUACACCAGUAACAAGGACCCCAUUUCCCACGGGGGCGGGGUGCUCCGGGCCGUGUGCAGCACCCCCCUCUCCUCCAGCCUCCUCGCGCACCAAGGCACCUCCUCGCUCCCACAGCUCAACCGCUCCCCUUUUGCUAGCACCAUCCCGGCCUCCUCCUCUUCCGCGGUGUCCACCACCCAGGUGUUCUCGCUGGCAGGAUCCACCUUUAGCCUCCCCUCCUCGCACAUUUUCGGAAGCCCCCUGACCUCUGGCCUGUCUAUGAACCCUCUCUUGAACCAGUCUGAAAGCAGCCGGGCAGAGCCUGACCUGGAAGACUGCAGUUUUGGCUGCCGAGGAACCUCCCCACAGGAAAGCCUCUCCUCCAUGUCCCCCAUCAGCAGCCUCCCCACCCUCUUCGACCAGACCGUGUCCUGUAGCAGCAGCGGGCAGCUGGAGAACGUCCCCCAGGCCACCCCCAAUAUCGAGCAGCUCCUGGAGAAGCAAGGCAAUGGGGAAGCCGGCGUAAACAUUGUAGAAAUGCUCAAGGCCCUGCACUCCCUGCAGAAGGAGAACCAGCGGCUGCAGGAGCAGAUCAUGACCCUGACAGCUAAGAAGGAGCGGCUGCAACUCCUCAAUGUCCAGCUCUCUGUCCCCUUCCCAGUGGUGACCACCAGCAACGGCCCUUCCGGCCACGCCCAGUACCUCCUGCCUGCCAAUGUGUGCAACAGCGACUCCCUGAGCAUCAACAAGAACUCCCCCUGCAAGAACAGCUUUGGGAUGGAGAACUCCCUCUCCACCUCCUCCGAGGAUCCACACUCGGGCUGCCCCAGCCGAAGCAGCUCGUCCCUCUCCUUCCACAGCACCCCUCCUCCCCUGCCGCUGCUGCAGCAGAGCCCCACCUCGCUGCCCCUCCCUGGGGUGCAGCAGCAGGUCAACGGCCUGGCCAGGGUGACGGCCGGCUCGCUGGGGGGAAGUGCGGCAGCCAGUCACGGCCUGCCCACAGGGCCCGGGGUGGAUGGCCUGCUGGGGAGCCUGGCGGGAGGCCAGCAGGUGCCCAUGAAUGGGCUGCUGGGGAAUCUGAACGGCGCUCCGGCCGCCCAGCCGCAGAACCCUCUGACGCAGGCGAGCGGGCCACCCGCCCUACAGCUCUCCACCAGCCUGAGCAGCGUGCCAGGCCUGAGCCCCCUGACGGAGCAGCAGCGGCACGUCCUGCACCAACACGAACACCAGCUGCAGCAGCUGCAGCAGAUCCUGACGUCCCAGCCGCUUAAUCCGGAGCAGCAGGCCUUGGUGUUCCAGAUGAUGCAGCAAAUCCAGCAGAAGAGGGAGUUGCAGCGGCUUCAGAUGACGGGCACCUCCCAGCUGCCCAUGACCAACCUGCUGACGGGCACCUCCACGCCCCUCCUCCACUCGAGCGCCCUGAUGACCUCCGCCGCCGCGCCCCCUCCCAGCGGCAGCUCCCUCCUGGCGUCCAUCUCCCCCCAGCAGCUCAACCCCGGCAACAGCCUGAUGGGGACCCCGACAGCCCCGCCCCUGAGUGCUCCGGGGAACAGCUUGAUGGCUUCGGGGGCGGGAGUCCCACCGGUUCUUUCCACACAAACCAACCCCUUCCUCAACCUCCAGGCGGACAGCAGUGCCCAGAAAGGAACGAGCAUGAGUGAAAAGGGAGCUGCUGUCACCCAGGACAAGGGCUAAGGCCUCCCAAGCAGACCAGCGGCCCGCUCUUCUCUGCUACAGGAACACGGCUCUCCGCGGUCACACAUUCGGAUACUUUAGAGCAAUGAGCACAAAGCUUCUGAGAAGGUCUUCCCAACCGUGGGAAGUGCCAGGUGGUGCUUUAGAAGAUAACGUGUCUCCGGCCAAGACCUGGUAUCGGGUGAUCUUCUAAGAGGAGAGAUGGGGCAGGGGGAGGUCCCUGCCGGUUUGAUCCAUGGCGCACUUGCACGAAGCGAAGUUACACUUCUUCUUGCUAAGCAGAGGGCGAGAGUUCGCCUGUGCUCUGACACCUUCCGGCCUCUUCUCCAGUGCGUGUGUGUGUGUGUAUGAGUGUGUGCGGGUGUGAGGCCUCCAGGAUGGGGCCCUAAACCAAGACCACAGAGUAUCCUAGGCCGAGACUGUGGUUGAAGGGUCAUCUCUGCUUGUUUUCUGCACAGCAUUCAGACAGCUUGCAGCGCUCUCCGGUGGGGGGAUGCCAGAUACGACGCGGCUGGGAAAGUGGGGCGGGGCCAUGGGGGGGCGGGGAGUCAAGAUUCUGUCCCAUCACAUGGGGAAACGAAUUGGAAUAUGAGCUGUGAAAACCCUGCCACAAACCUACAGCAGGGACUUCGCUCCUGCCUGUCGCCUUGUGACCCCCUCAAGGAGAUGUUCUGCCCUCGGGAACCACCACAUCGCCAGCUCCAAAUCCAGCUUGGGAAGCCAUGGAUGGCAGAGCUCUGGAAGGGGAUUGGGCAUGAGGGGUGAAUGCCACCUUCUUCUUACCCCAGCCACUGUGGUGGGUGUCUCUGCUGAAGAUUAACCUUAAAGACACUACUGGGACCUCUACGCCAGCUGCUGGGCCGAUGCCGGUUGGUCAGCUGGGUGCUGUCCCUUCCACCUGAGAAGCACACUCCUCCCUCUCACACUCUCUCUCGUUCUGUCCUUCCAAAGUCUACAGGCCCAGCAUUACCACUGGAAAAGGGCUAACACCAGUACUGCCCACUGCCCGCCCCGCCGCAGGGGGUGUGUUCUCACCAGGCCGUCUUCUCACGGGGCUAAAACGGCACCAAGGAGGCAGUGGGAGGGAGGGUCUGAAAUCUGUUACUUUUGCUUCCUUACCCACCUCCCGAAUGUGGCUACUCUGACAAGAACUUUCUCCCCGGUCGCUGGCACUAGCUAGCCCAGGCCCUGGAAAUGUGGCCAGUCUUCCCAGCCUAGGGCAUUGGAUAGCCUCAUUGCUUCACGCUGUCUGGUCUUAACUCCACCUUGAGACCUGGUCCUGUGGCAAAGAAACCUGCUUCCUCUAAGGUUGGACAAUGCAGGGUUGGGUUUUUUUGAAGGACUGUUCGGGGAGCGGGAAUCGGCGUCAAACGUUUGAAUUCUCUCUCCCGCCGUUAAAUCUGGAUCUCUCGGAGGGGGCGGGGGGUCAAGACUCCAGCGACUGGAAACACUGAGAGUCUUAAAAAAGUUUUCAGACCUUACCGGAUACAAAUGAUUUUCAGCACACUCCCACCGCCUCGUCUGGUUUGCACUAUUCAAAUUUGUCAGCGGUGGGUCUGUGCUGAUGCCAGUGGAAAAGCUCAUCACCGUUUGACUCCAUCUAUUAAACCCAUUUCACGUUUGUUCUUUGAUUUGAUUUUAAAGAUUGUUGCCCCAAUGGUUGAGCAGAACCAACAGCAGAGAGCGUCCCCCCCUCACCCGCCCCAGGGGUCUCGCUUUCUGUUCUGUGAACCGGGCAGAACAAUGCUCUCUGUUCGGAAAGCUAUUGGGUUGGGGUUUUUUAAGCUAUUGUUUAAAAACAAGAAGAAGCUACUGGAAAGACGGAGAUGGCAGCUAUAAAAGUGAAAAUGGGAAAAAAGUAGUUUUGCUCUCAUCCUUAUGGUCUCUGCAAUACCAAUAGGAGAGGCUGCAAAAUGUGAUUUGAGUGAAUGUUCCUUCUCUCUCCCCAGCCACCUCCUGAGUGAGUUAAGAAUCAAGAUGUGCCAAACUUCCAUCCGCCUGGUACACGUCACAGCCUGGAACAUUGAAUUCCGUUUUUCACUCGCCUGAUGUUUUUUUUGUUUGCCCCAACCCUGAGUUGCACGAUUCUGUGCCUGCACUUUUUUAUGUGUAAUUUUUUUCCCCUCUGCAAGUGGGGGGCUCCCUCCUGCAAGCCCUCCCCUCACUGGGACAGUGAUACAGGGCGCCAUGUUCCCACAUGCAGAUUGGGUGAUCUGAUGCCGACCUGGCGUGCGCGUGGGAGGAUCCAAGUGGGCCCGUGGGAUCCCACCCGUGAAAAGCUGCCCGUGCAGAAUUGCAAUUUCAGAGGCUGGCUGCGCUAAGAACCGGCCCCGAAAUAUUUUGCCAGCUGCUGUCCUGGGCUGGUUUGUUCCUUUACAGUAGAACUCCAGAUCCGGGUUGCCAUCUACCCCCCUGUUAGGACAACAGUCCAUUAACACGGUGGGGGCAGCGUUUCACUUCCCGGCCCCUUUUUCAUUCCAGCCAGUUCUACUCACGAUGCAACAAGUUCAUUCUCCAGGACAAAUGAAAGCGAAUCCAAGGAAUCUGUUUCCCAACCAGCGUCUCCAUUGGUGUUGGUUCCAUUCAAGGCCUGGUUCGGUGGAUUCCUAGCUACCCCUGUGGGUAUUUGACACAUAUUUUUUUGUUGGCAUACAAGCCUCUUAGCUCUAAGGCAGCUUCGUAGAUCAGACAUGGGCAAGGUUGAGGAUAAGAGGAAGGAAGAGACAGAUAGCACUUAAAGAAAAGAUUUCUCUGGCUUCUUCCAAAAGCACCUGGUCCCUUUAAAGUAUGCUCCUUGCCUGGUCCUGUCAGGAGACUAGGAUGCGUUAAAGGGCCACUAUUAGAAGGUUGACAUUAAACUUUGUAUCUGCGUGAAAAAGAGGAAGAGGAGAAAAAAAAUAUAAAAGCUAAAGAUUAUCUGUGUUUCGGUUGCACUGGGGUACACGGUUCUUUACCCGUUUUAAGGCUAACGUCACAUUUAGUAUGUUGCAUGUGUCCUUUUUUUUUAUUAUUAUUAAAUAAAAGAGAAAAAAUGUGUAUAUUUUUGGCAAUUUAAGGUAAUGUAGCUAAGAUAUAUUUUUUUCACGCUGCUUGACUGUUCUUUAUUAUAAUAAAUAAUAUUAAUAUUAAAAUUGAAGACCUUUUUGAUACAUUUAGGGUUUCAGAUUUUAACUAAGGAAGGGGGUCGUGUGUUGGAGAGGCGAAAUAUAAAAAUAUUGUAGUUUCCGUUAAAGCUGCCGACAGUGUCUGAAUCAUCCGUGUAAAAGGAAAAAAUGUUGCUCCUAAUUUAUUUUAAGGUUCCAUUUCUAUAGAUGUUUUAAUAAACGGAUUAAUCAAUUGUUAUGGGUUGUUUUAGAGUCCAGUGAGUUAAUAGGUUGCUUCUGACCAGCUGAAGCACCUUCUACUGGGGUGUUUAUAACCCUCUCUAAGACAUGCUAUUCAUCCUUAUGACACCGCUUACGAACUAUUGAUAAAUGAAACCUUACUAUAAAGUAUGACCAAAAUGUUAUGUCUGCUAAUUGUUAAUUUUUUUUAAAAAAAAAAGCUAAGGGUGAAUUUUUCAAGUGACGAAUGGGGUCUUUGGGGACGUGAUCUAAAGCCUGUUGAAAUCCCGGGGGGUCUUUUGCAUUGAUUUACAAUGUGUCUUAGACUCUGAUUAAAGAAAGCACCUAGGCAUAUGCUUAAGUCCAUCCCUCUGCAGGAUGGCGCCUGGACACAUUUUAACUUUAAGCAGAGGUGCUGAAGUCCCGUUGACUACAAUGGGACUUGAACCCCUGCUUAAGCGCGGUCCUGAAUACGGGAUGCUUUCCGGGAGCGAGGCCUUUACUGGGGCUAGCUGAGUGCUGACCUCUGAGCUGCCUUGGGCCUGGUUUUCCCAGGCACUCUGCACCCAGGCAGCUCCAGGUGAAGUGCUGGGGAGCUGUGGCUUCUUGGCGUCCUCAGGGGAAUCGGAUCUGUGGUGUCUUAACCUUGGGAGCUCCAAAAUGGAAGCACCCAAAAUUAGCACGCAGUCUUGGGAAAGCUUCGGCCUAGUGAACUGAUGAGGGGUGCGGGAAAAGAGCAUUGUCCCCUAGCAAAGAGGAGUGCAGGUUACUCGUGUGGUCCUGAGAUUGCGGGCUUAAUCUCACGCCUGGCUGGGGAGGGAGACAGAGCUCCAGAACCUUUGUAGGGGGAGGUGGGGGCAAGACCAAAGUGCCCCCUCCCUCUCCACAGGGCUGCUCCCGCAGUGCGCCAGCUGCCCUCUCUCCUGGUGCCACAGCAGCCCCUGGUGGGCAAAAGGUGUAAUUGCGCAGCGCCUCCCCAGCAGAAUCUAUUAUUCUGUUGGGGACAUGAAUUCUGUACAUAUGUUUCUUUUGUUAAAAAGUAGGGGGAUGGCCCCUUUCCCCACCACCCCCGGUCCAACGCUGGUGGACCAGUCCCCACAGAAGAAAGAGCAGUCGCUACCUGGGCUCGAGAUGUCUUUGUAACCAGUCGCGAUGGGCCUGAAACCAAACCCUUGCUGCCAUAGCUGGCCCUUAUGCCUGGUUUUCCAAAGGGGUCCACUUCCAAUUAGGCAGUGAAACAAGGUUAUACUACGGGCCCUAUUGUUCCAAAGAGGCCUGCACGUCAGGUGCUGCGCUCUCUUGAGCUGUGGCUGCUUAUCUAGGUGCCUCUAGAAGGACUGGUCUUCUUAGGAAAUCUGGUGCUGAUGGUGGGGGCAGAGCCUGUGCAUAUCCAGCCCUGUGUCUGCACAGGACAAACCUCCGGACCUAGACACGCUCUAGUGGGAGGGUAGUUCGGACCCAGACGCUUGUGGUCUCCACGGUGUUCAUCCUUCUAUGGUACUAAUCUAGCCCCCCUUUACCAUCUCCCAAGCUGAAAUGUAUUUUCCCCUCCUAGCACCCCCUUGAGAUAGGGCAUGGCUAUUAUCCCCCUUGCACAGAUGGGGAAACUGAGGCCCAGAGGUUCAAAGGUAUUUUGGCAUCUAACCCCCAUUAAUUUGAAUGGGAGCUAGGUGCCUAAAUACCCUAGAGGAUCUGGGCCAAAGGACUUCCCAAGGAUUCACAGAGCGUAUGUGAGAGCAGGGAACUGGACCUCAUUUUCCUAAGUCCUAGCCACUAUAUCAUCUGUCCUCCUAUCCCCAGAGUUUUCCUACUCUCUUCUUUUACAUACACACACCCAUCCUCUAUCACCGCUUUUCAUGCUCGCCCAUCAAAUCCACCAUCUUAACUCCAAAUGUGUUUUGCCAUACGCAGAACUGGGCGCCCGGUCUACACUGCAAAGUUAGGUUGGCCAAACUACAUCAGUCAGGGCUGUGAAAAAUGUCACGCCCUUUGUGACGUAGUUAAACCAACCUAAGCCCCAGUGUAGACACCGCUAGGUCAAUGGAAGAAUUCUUCCAUCCACCUAUCUCCCCCGCAGUGGGUUUAUGACAGUGACGGAAGAGCACCUUCCGUUGAUGUAGUGAGUGUCUAUGCUGCAGGGAAGCAACUGUGCCACUGUGGUGUUUCUAGUGUAGACAUACUUUGAUUUUUAAACUGAUUUAGUUAAACUGGUGCCAAAUGCUGUGUGGACACUCUUAUUUCAGUUUAAAUUAGGAGUAGGCCUACUUUAGGCACAAAGUUGGACCAAUGUAACUGAAGGUGUGAUCUUAUACCGAUGUCAUAAAACCGCUGUCUUUUUCUUUGUGAACUCUUACUCUUACCUGGCUUACGUCUGUUUAGCUUGCACAUGUAAAUUUACAGACGCGAGCUCAAUCCAUACAACUAGUUUUAAACCAAUAGAAGGGCAUCCAUGAGGGUUCUUGCUCCAGUUUAACUAAAUCAGCUGUCUGUAGCCGAGGCCUCGGAAAUGGAUAGCUUGUUUUUCCUGGGAUUGUUCCUCCCAUAUUUCCCCUUCCCGUUUUUUUCUGGGCCGGGGUAAGGUAAUUAACAAAAAUAGUUUGUGUUUGAAACUCGUUCCAAGAGGUGCCUGAGCUGUGAAACAGAGUUUUGGUUCAAGUCCAUCUAAAAUGGAUCCCACAAGGAAGUCAGUGAGCUGCAUUUGCAACAUUGGUUUCCCAUCUCCGCCAAAUGCAAUCAACUGGGAGGGCACAAACACCGGGUCACGACUGGGGAAGAAAAAUUCCUGGCAAUUCUUUCCCCGCAACUAUUUUUAAAUUUGAAAUUUCGUCAGACUUUGAAACAAUUGUAACCAGCUUUCGGUGGGCUGAAAAAAAUGAGAAGCGAAAAAAUUGCAAUUUUUGUUUUAAAUUUUGAAAAUUCAUAAAUCUCAGGUCCUGGAACAAAUGUUUGUUUCACAUCUACAGUGGAAUUGACAAUGGGGUUAGUUAACAUGUGAAAACACGACUGAAAAUAAAAGCGUAGACCAACGCUAAGGCCUGGGUUUGAUCCCAGACAUCAAAUGCAAUAGUCUAGGCCCCGUCUACAUCACUAAGGAAAUUCAGGCUGGUGUAAUCUCCCUGAGGCAGUUACAACAGGGCAAAUCCCUAAUGUAGAUACAUUUGCACUGACACAAAAGCAGGUUUAUAGCCUCUGCAUCUUAAUCUGAUAAUCUAACCAAGUAAACCCUGUCAGGGUAUCUGUGGUGUGAUUUGCACUGGUGUAGCUACAGCUACAAGCCUGGAUGCCUUUGUAGAUUAUUUUAUUUAUUUUAGUCAAACACAAAUUAUUGCAUUUGAUACAGGGGUGAGUGUGUGAAAUCCCAUGUGCUGUGUUAUACAGGAGGUCAGACUAGAUAAUCCGAUGGUCUCUUCCUAAAAUCUAGGAAUUACUCUGGGCUUAAUUUUUUUGUGAAUGUAGACAGGGCCUUAUUUGUACAUCACAUUGCAUGCUACAGUCUGUGUCCAUCCAAAUUUGAGACCCCAGCCAGCUAUAUCUCCAUUGCUGGCAAAAGCCCCAAUUCAGGAAAACAUAUAAGGACAUGCUUAUCCAUCCCUGUUCUGGGAAGCCCUUAAGUGGUUGCUAACCUUUGACUUCAGUGGAAGUCAAACACAUCCUUAAAAUUAAGCACAAGCACAUGGAUCACUUGAUGAUUCCCUGUUCUGUUCGUUCCCUCUGAAGCACCUGGCAUUGGCCACUGUCGGAAGACAGGACGCUGGGCUAGAUGGACCAUUGGUCUGACCCAGCAUGGCCGUUUUUAUGUUCUUAUGCUUAAGCUUAAACUAUAAGCAGAUAUUUGUGUGAUUUUUUUUCCUAAAAAAGGUUUUCAUUUUAGGUCCAGAGUCAUAGCCAGGAGUGUGCUAACUUUCUUAUAACGUUUGUAUGACUGCCAUCAACCAGGCACAUUCCAUUUUUGCUUGGAGCACGUUCACUGGGAUGACAGUCUUUAAAAAAACAAAAUCUUUCUAUGGACAAAACCCCACUUCCGGUGCUAAAUAGCAGUGGAACGUCUUUGACAGAAAACUGCUCCUACUUACCCUUCCUCUGCCGUCGGUGAUAAAGGAAUUCAGCGGGCCUCAUAUUCUCUCUGUUGUGUAAUAUGCAGAUAAGAGCGUCUUUGUAUCAUUCAUGUAUUUGUACAACCAGAAAAUUGUUGCAGUCCUUGUUCUUUUACUAAAAGAGUUCUUUCCAAAAAAUAAAAAGUAGGACCAAAAAAAAAA